ACCGUAUACCAACAAGAUAACUGAAUGCAAUCCGAUUCAUCCAAUACAUGUAGUUAGAGUAUUAUUUAGGUUGUUGUUUAAGUAGGCUUUGAGCAGAUCAGAGGCCCUGCACCCAAUGAAAAGUCGCCGGCGGCCACGCACGCACGCACAGCCUUGCACUUGCACGCUGCCUCCCGCUCGGCCUUACGAGGAUCCGAGUCAGCCGGCGUCACUGUCCAUUCACUCACGCAGCCGCUAUCAUAUCAUAUCAUAUGCAUCUCACCCAACGGGGCUUUCCACGUCCCACCUUCCCGCCCGCGCACCCAUAAAAGCCGUCGCCGGCGACGCUGUCACCCCCCGCAACGGAGGCAUCGCCGAGACGGACCAAAGCGCCACCACCAGACGGGCCGGCGGAGAUGAAGAAGUGCGCGUCGGAGCUGGAGCUCGAGGCCUUCAUUCGGCAGCACCUCGCCGCCGCCGAGGCCCAGCGGGGCAGGCCCGGCCACGGACCGGACGACGACGCCGGGUUCGGCGAGCACCCCAGCUUCUCCCCCGGCGCCGGCCUGCCGGGCCUCUGCUUCGGCGACUCGGUGAGCAGCUGCCACUACCCAAAGCCUCUGCCUCUGUGCCUGUACCGUGCUGUAGUGUUCGCGCGUUUAACUGAAUUUCCUCCUGCGCUCCAGCAGAACGCCCUGGAGCUGCAAGAGAGCAACGCCGGCCACCUGUGGUGGUCCGACGGCCUCCGUGCGCCGCAGCACCACGCCGUCCCGGCGCCGACCCAGUCGCAAACGGCCGCCAUCUCCGCUAGCCCGAGGGAAACAAUCUCAGGGAACCAGGCUCUCGAAACCGAGUCCGACUCCGAUAGCGAGUCACUGGUCGAGAUAGGGGGAGGCCGAUGCAAGCGGAGUGGCAAAUCAUCGGAUACCAGGCGAAUAAGACGGAUGGUGUCCAACAGGGAGUCAGCUCGACGGUCGAGGAGGAGGAAGCACGCACAAUUAACUGAUCUCGAAUUGCAGGUCGAACAACUUAAAAAUGAAAGUGCAACCCUCUUCAAGCAACUGACAGAGGCCAACCAGCAGUUCACCACCGCAGUCACCGACAACAGGAUCCUGAAAUCAGAUGUAGAGACUUUAAGAAUCAAGGUAAAAAUGGCAGAAGACAUGGUAGCUAGAGGUGCAGUGUCCUGCGGCCUAGGACAGCAGCUUGGUUUGGCACCAUUUCUGAACUCCAGGAAGAUGUGAUGUGACAAAGCCUUGGUGACCAUGCUCAGAAUCACAGGGUUGAACUUGCCAGUGAACCAUGCACUCUUCAGAGGUUUCUAGCUCUAGCUCGCUGAGUUCAGACCUCGACGGUAUGAAGCACUGCAAGUCAGAGCUCGGAUAGCCGGGUGCCAGCAAUGCGAUCGGCAGUGCAGCUGACUGGCCCUGACAUCCACAUCAUAACAGGGCCUUCAUGUAAAGUAACAAAUAGCAGUUGUACCUGACAUAUGUUAAUCCCUGGCAAGCUGCAGAAGUACAAAACUCUGAAAGUAGUGAAACUAUUAUGUGUUCUGUAUAUUGGUUACUGCUGAGUAAUGAACAUAUGUAUUGAGGUUCAUAUUCAA